CCUUGUGAACACUGGGCAGAUCAGACUGACAUGGGAGCUUGUCUCGUAACCUUGGCUCCCUGGAUCUGAGAGGCUGCUUGGCCCCAUCAGCCAGGUUUGGUGGGUAGGACGUGUGCUGCUCGUAAAGUUAACGUAGCAGAGGGUUUUAAGUCCUCAGGGUUGUGUUUAGCCUCUCUUUGCCUUGAGUGAUGCGGCUGCAUGUGGUCCCCACCCCCUAUGCUGGGAAUAGAAGCUGGGGCCUUGGGUACCCCUGGAUGAGAAAGUUCGGUCACCGAGCUACACGCACUUGGCGUUUUAAUGUUUAUUUCUGAGGUUUUUAUCUGAAGUUGCAUUCAGGAUUCUGGAGCCUGAGCUCUGGCCCAGAUCUUGCCUUCUUUAGUCCGCCUGUAUCGUGUAGAUUGUUUCUCAGUGUCUCAGUUACUUUCUCUAGGAGAGGAUUUCUGUAGAUGGAUAGUUGGAAUACGGACGCGGCUGGGUAGAACAUUUGUUUAACUUACGUGAGGCCCCGGGGUCCAGCUGCAGUGCCACAGAAUAAACCCAGAAGGAAACAAGCAGAGCAGCGCCUUGUGCAGAGCCUUCUUGAAGCAUUUUCACAGGAAUCGCGUCGGAAUAGAAGAGACUAGCGGAGAACCUCUGUGGAAUUAAGUGGAACACGGCUGCCAAAGGGAUGUCUGAGAGGUUUAAGUGUUUCAUAUUCUGAACAUGGCUUUGUACAGACCCUUUAAAGCUGAAGAGGAUGGCUGAAAUGGCCUAUCCCAGAGGUUCCCUUCCUACAGUGUCAUCCCGGCUGGCUUGAGAGCUCGGACGGUCACUGCAGCUUUGUCACCUUCAAGGUGUCCUCAGACAGCAGAAAAACCUCAUCUUUUUGAAGAGUGCUACUAUUUUUCCAGUCUCCUUGUAACUGCCUGCCAAAGAAGGGCUCCAUGAAAGAUGACAGAAGAAGUCAUUGUCAUAGCCAAGUGGGACUACACUGCCCAGCAGGACCAGGAGCUCGACAUCAGGAAGAACGAGCGGCUGUGGCUGCUGGACGACUCCAAGACGUGGUGGCGGGUGAGGAAUGCGGCCAACAGGACAGGCUACGUGCCUUCCAACUACGUGGAGCGUAAGAACAGCCUGAAGAAGGGGUCCCUGGUGAAGAAUCUCAAGGACACGCUAGGCCUCGGGAAGACGCGGAGGAAGCCAAGUGCUCGGGAUGCGUCCCCAACGCCAAGCACUGAUGCGGAAUACCCAGCCAAUGGCAGCGGUGCUGACCGCAUCUAUGACCUCAACAUCCCAGCCUUCGUCAAGUUCGCCUACGUAGCAGAACGAGAGGAUGAGCUGUCCCUGGUGAAAGGCUCCCGGGUCACAGUUAUGGAGAAAUGCAGUGAUGGCUGGUGGCGUGGCAGCUUUAACGGGCAGAUCGGCUGGUUCCCCUCCAACUACGUGUUGGAGGAGGCGGACGAGGCUGCAGCUGAGGCCCCCAGCUUCCUGAGCCUGCGUCGGGGCACUGCGCUAAGCAAUGGGCAAGGUGCACGGGUGCUGCACGUGGUGCAGACGCUGUACCCCUUCAGCUCUGUCACUGAGGAGGAGCUUAGUUUCGAGAAGGGGGAGACCAUGGAGGUGAUUGAGAAGCCGGAGAAUGACCCUGAAUGGUGGAAAUGCAAAAAUGCCCGAGGCCAAGUGGGCCUGGUCCCCAAAAACUAUGUGGUUGUCCUCAGUGAUGGGCCUGCACUGCACCCCACGCACACUCCACAGAUCAGCUACACCGGGCCCUCAGCCAGCGGGCGAUUUGCCGGCCGUGAGUGGUACUAUGGCAACGUGACACGGCACCAGGCCGAGUGUGCGCUCAAUGAGCGGGGCGUCGAGGGCGACUUCCUCAUUAGAGACAGCGAAUCCUCGCCCAGUGACUUCUCCGUGUCUCUCAAAGCAUCAGGGAGGAACAAGCACUUCAAAGUGCAGCUGGUGGACAGCGUCUACUGCAUUGGGCAGCGGCGGUUCCACAGCAUGGACGAGCUUGUGGAGCACUACAAGAAGGCCCCCAUCUUCACCAGCGAGCACGGGGAGAAGCUCUACCUCGUCCGAGCCCUGCAGUGAAAGCAGCCAUUGGCCCCCUCAUGCCCUGCCCAUUGUGGGCCUCGCUGCCACCUCCGCCUCCCAGAGCCCAGCACUUCUGGCCACCUCCACCCAUGUGGCCUGGAUCACCUCUGUGGCCCAGUCUGUCCUUCUUUUCAGCUUUGUUGGUCAACCAUAGCUACCUAGGCCCUCAUAGCCAUGCCCAUGGCCACCACCUUCUGGUGGUGAGGGUCAAAGGGAGCAAAGCUACGCACUAUUUUCCUUUUCAGUUGGAAACGGUCUGUUUGAAUCUUACACACACAUACAGAGAGAGAGAGACAGAGACAGAGACAGAGACAGAGACAGAGACAGAGACAGAGACCGGGGCUUACUCAGAGGGCAGUGAGGCUCUAUGUAGUGAAUAUGUGACCUUGGCACACACUCCGAGAGCUGUGUCCAUGGGUGUUUGGUGCCUCUCAUCAGCUAUGCUGGUCCAGGCCAGCAGCCUGUGUCCUGGGCCUGCUUUUUUUUUUUGUUGUUGUUGUUUCUGUUUUUGUGGCUCCAGGCUCUGCAGGAGUCCAAAAAUGUGCGGAUAGCAAUACUGGAAACCCUGGGGAGGUGGUGGUGAGGGAACUUCCCAGUGCCUUGGAGGCUGUGCUUGCAAUAAAAGAGGGUUUUGGUGAGAGUCAGUCUGCAAAAGAGGGAGGUGGCAACGCAGAAAGAAAGAUACUCUGGUGAUGUACCCCAGGUGUGCCAUCCACAUAGUGCUUUUGCCCUUUGGCUUGUUUGAAUUUCACAAUUAUGUAUUUAAUUCUCAAAGUAAUAUGUAUCUUAGCUGUUUGUCGACACUAAUAAGAGAUGAUUAAGGAAAACAGCUGAUCUCUUGGGAAGGGGAGCUACCAAUACUUUAUACACACACUAUAUAUAUAUAAUAUGUGUAUAUUAUAUAUAUAUUAUUUGCUUUACAGGGAAAUUUUUCAGGGUUUACAAGAGAAUAUGUGAUUAGUAGUAACAGAACGUUUAUGAAGAAAUUACAUUUUCAUUUUUCUUUACAUCUGAACUUCUUUACAGUUUGACUAUAGAGUCUUGAGAUGGCACAUUCCUACAAUUGAAGAAGGGGUCUUGGGAUCCCCUAAACUUGCAUACCCAGUUUUUUGAAUAUUGUAAUAAAAAAAAGUAUUAUGACAA